AUGUUGGUCCUUGAGUUCUGUAGGGUGUUCGGUUUUGCUGAGAUCAAGGCAGUGGGCUGUUCAGUUUUGCUGAUAGGGGUGUUAUGCUGGUCAGUUUGGCUGUCAGUGGAGGACUGGUUCCUCUACACACUUAAAUCAUAUGUGAGGAAUAGGAGUCGGCCAGAGGGAUCCAUUGAACAAGGAUACUUGGUGGAAGAAUGUUCCAAAUCCUCGGAUUUUAUACAGAGGCGAACUAGAGGUCCUACCUUGACGCAUGGCGGCAGUGUGCUACACAUUGAGGAAAAUGAAUUAAGGCAACCAAUUGGUGAAAAAGCCUCUCCACUUCAAUCUCGUUUAGGCAUGCUAGCUCGAAAUGGGACCAUGGCACCUUUAAAUUGGCACGAGUGGCGUGCUGUUCCCAAGGAGUACAAAGAAAUAAUAUGA